AUGGUGAACUCUGGGUACACCAUGCGCAAGAAUAUCGACUCAAUUGUACUGCCGGGCAGGUACACCAGCCACGUGCACAGCUUCUUCGGUAACGACGCCGUCAACGCGACCACUUCCACCACCGAAGCGCUUCUCGAUGGCUGUGCCACGAACAGCAAUCCGAAAGAUCUGUCCGCCAACAACGGCACCGCCCUCGUCCCGAUCGAGGCCCGAUAUUUCAAGGCCGAUUACAAUAAAAUUGACACCGCGGAGAUUCCCUUCCCCACCGACUUCAAAGUGGUGGCUGGUAACGCCAGCGCGACGGCGGCCGAGCAGGUCGAUGAACUGUGGAACAUGACCUGGUGGUGCGAGUAUGGAUCAGAGACGACGCCCAACGCCAACGGAUGGCCCGAUGCAUGA